UGCUUAGCUGUUUUACCUUGGAAGCGUUACGGAUAUGCGUACGGUACAAACAAGUACACUGUGCGGCAAAAAUGCUUCGCGUUCGCCGACAGGUAAGCAAUCUUCUCGAUCUCGGAGCGCGACAUUGGUCAACGGAGUCGGAGUUGACCGAUGCAGGUUUCGGUCUACGAGUAACGCCGUUGGCUACCGAGCAGCUUACUCGUAAGAAGAGACGAUACUUUAUCGAUGAUUAUUGGAGUUAUUUAAAAAUCGACCUUCGACCUUAGAGACAAGGCCCCUGGUACCCGCAUACUUUGCUAUAGAGCAGCAUCUCGCCGAAUUUGCGAUAUAUUCUCUCGAUUCGCGUUUGUUGGUAAACGCGAGUUUGUUGCCGGUUGUAAUUCGAAAACGCCAGGAGGAACGUAGUCGAGCGUAGAUUCCCCCAUAGCAGCCGGCUGGAUGCACGGUACACCGUACUUUCAUAAUGUCGAAGGAGUACAGGAGACCCCGAGGCCUGUGGCACUCGACGGACGGCUAGUGAAGGGAACGGAUCGUCAUACUCGGUCGAUACUCGACCAAACGGUCAGCGAAAAUGCCGCGUCCGUGAGUCGCGCUUAACGGUCUUCGAUAACAAACGAGCCAAGUUUUCCGCGAAUCGAUUCAAGUUGCAGUGAUUUUCGACUAGUUUCGGCGACUAGAAGGACUAACGGAGAAGAAAGGAUUUCCAGACCUAAUCCAAAGACUGAAAAUCAUGAAGGAGUGGAAAGGAUGCUGCGAUCGAACAUGAAACACCGCGAAUAAUUUCGCGUAGUGCGCGAAACAAUGAAAGGAGGAUCGUUCGUUAUUUCGAUCGCAUACGGUGACCAAAAACGUGGUUAGUGAACGGUGAGGACUCUUCUCGGCCAUUCCUGAAUCGAGUCUUGGCGCAAAUACGAUCGCCAUACGUUAACACGAGAACCUCUCGGUGCGAAUAUUUCGUAUCGAAUUCGUGGAACGAGUACAUUCGCGUUGCCGAGGUGGGUUUUCGUCGGUGCCGUGCGUCGAACAAAGAAACAUUUCGUGAAAGUUUCCGUUUCCGAUAAAGAGUGUUCUCCGGUGGCGGGUACGUGCUCGUGGAUGAUCGUCGGCAGAAUUAGUGCGUUUUCAAUGUGAUCCCGCCUCUCUUCGAGGGAAGAGAACGACAUAUCGAGAAUGACGCGAGAGAUUCUUCUAUCCCUUCUGGGAAUCCUCGUCGUGGGCGCAGAAGGAUUGAAGUGCGGUCAUCCGGCGGUACCAAUGAACGCCAAGGUAUCGUUGUCCGACGAAUCCUUAGAGACAGGCGCUUUAGCGAGAUACACGUGCGACGCUGGAUACGAGUUAUUCGGCAGCGGCAGCCUGACGUGCAACGCUCGAGGGAAAUGGCAGGGAGAUCUACCAUUCUGCGGUACGAACGUUGCGUUUCGCAAACCAACGAAUCAAUCGACGACCGUGCGAGGCGGUGAUGCCAGCCACGGGAACGAUGGCGACUCGAGCACCGAGCACGACGGGAAAAGGUGCACGGAGACGCAAAGCGAACCCAGCCCCUGGUGGAGGGUCGACCUUCUCAAAUCGUACUCCGUAAAGGUCGUCCGAGUAACGACCAGAGGUUGCUGUGGCCACCAACCCCUGCAGGAUAUCGAGAUACGCGUGGGUAACAGUAGCGUCGAACUGCAACGAAACCCUUUGUGCGCAUGGUUCCCCGGCACGAUAGAGGAGGGAAUCACGAAGACGUUCGUGUGCGCGAGAUCUCUGGUAGGACAGUACGUGUUUCUGCAGCUGGUGGGUGUCGAGGGUAGCUUGAGCCUUUGCGAGGUGGAGGUGUUCGCCGUUGACGAGUUCUCGACGGACAGGUGCGCCUAUUCCGGGACGCCGGCUGACGCCGACUUAGCCGCCUUUAAUUCCACCUGUUACGAGUUCGUAGUGAAGAAGGGUGGUUCGUUUCAAGAAGCCAGAAACUACUGUCGCGCCAGAGGAGGCGACCUCGUCCAUGGCUUCAAGGGCGUGUCAGCGGUGUACAUACUGAACAAUCUCGAGAGGCGAAAGGAUAAGCUGAAGACUCAGCUCGUUUGGAUAGGCGCGCAGAAGGAGCCUCUUAUCACGGCGCGAACGUGGCGAUGGGUCGACGGCGAGAUCGUGCAGAAACCUUCCUGGGGAAAGGAUCAACCGAACAACUAUAACGGCGAACAAAAUUGCGUGGUGCUGGACGGUGGCCGUAGCUGGCUCUGGAACGACGUCGGCUGUAACCUCGACUACUUGCACUGGAUUUGUCAAAGCAGGCCACCUACUUGCGGUAGCCCGGAGAAGUCUGAGAAUACAACGAUAGUAGGCACGAAGAGGACCAUUGGCUCCACGAUAGAUUACGUUUGUCCGGACGGAUACAUGCUGGUCGGUUCCAAGUCCAGAACCUGCGAGCCCAGCGGCUUUUGGAACGGAGCGUCGCCCACGUGCAAAUUCGUCGACUGUGGCCCCCUGCCGGAGCUGGUGAACGGAGCAAUCACGCUGGUCGAUAAAAGAACGACUCACGGAGCGCUCGCGGAUUAUGCUUGCAAAGAAAAUUACACGCUGCUCGGCGACGCCAGACGCAGAUGCGGAGACGGCGGAAUUUGGAGUGGACACAAACCUCAAUGUCUAUUCGACUGGUGUCCGGAACCACCACAGGUAAACGGCGGAGUCGUGGCGAUUACCGGAAGAAGAGCUGGCUCGACCGCCACUUACUCGUGUCAGAACGGCUUCAUUUUAUUCGGAGACAACGUCCUCACGUGCGACGUCGGCGGGGAAUGGUCCGGUAAAGCUCCCCAAUGUAAAUUCGUCGACUGCGGGGCACCGGCUCAAAUCGAAUUUGGCUCUGUGUCUUUAAUUAACGGCACCACCACGGUUAAAAGUCUGGCGGUGUACACGUGCCUGGAGGAUUACUGGCUGGUCGGCGAAGCGAAGCAGGAGUGCACCAAAGAAGGGAAAUGGAGCCACGAUACGCCGUCCUGCGAGUUGAUCACCUGCGAGGAGCCCGAAGUACCGGCAGGAAGUUACGUGGUCGGAUACGAUUUGAACGUGCACAGUGCCAUCGAAUAUCACUGCGAGGCAGGAUAUCUGCUUCAAGGCGAAGCCAGACACACUUGCGGCAAAGACGGUGAAUGGUCAGGGGAAGUGCCCAGCUGCGACUACGUCGACUGCGGGAAGGUUCUGCCCGUUUUGAACGGAGCCGUAGAAUACGCAAACGGAACCACUCAUCUCGGAAGCGAGAUCACCUAUGGUUGCACGAGAAACUAUAGACUGAACGGAGUGUCGAGGAGAUACUGCUUGGACAAUGGUCAAUGGAGCGACGCGACUCCAAAGUGCGAAGAGAUUCGAUGCCCCGAGCCCGUAUACGCGGAUCACGGAAUCCUCUCGGUGACCGGAAACGAUAGAAUGUACGGCAGAACGCUGAUCCGCACCGGAACUCCGGAGAAUUCUAACACAGGCGCCACAUCGUACAAAAUCGGUGCCCUUGCGAAAUAUCGAUGCGAGAGAGGGUACAAGGUGAUCGGUGAACCUCUAUCCACGUGCGAGGACAAUGGAAAAUGGAGCGGAGAGGUUCCACGAUGCGUUUACGUCGAUUGCGGCAAGCCAGAGCACAUCCAACACGGUAGAUACACUCUGGCCUCGAACGCGACUUACUACGGAGCAGCUGCUCUUUACGAAUGCGACGGUAACUUCGAACUGGACGGAUUCGCGAGAAGACUGUGUCUGGAGAACGGCACUUGGAGCAGCGAUACUCCCGUCUGCAAAGAAAUCAGGUGCAAGGAUCCCGAGAAAGAAGGAGUACUGUCCACGCAAGUAUCGACGCACAGCGUCGGCGGAGUGGCUCACUACAGUUGUCCCCGUGGAUUCUACAUGGAAGGGAACGAAACUAGGAUAUGCCUGCAGAACGGAUCCUGGAGCGGAAGCAUGCCCGCCUGUUUCUCCGUCGAAUGCAAACAUCCGGGACCCAUAGAAAAUGGAAGAGUAAUCGUGGUGAACGCGACAACAACCUACGGCGGAACCGCUGAGUAUCAUUGUUUACCGCAGUUCGAGAGAGUCGGCCCGUUUCUAAGAAAGUGUUUGGAUACUGGUUCCUGGAGCGGCGAGGAACCCAAGUGCGAGUAUAUGCCUAACGAAGUGGCCGAAGCUCAAGGUGUGGGUACCAGCGUUGGUAUCGCGGCUGGAGUGAUCAUAUUUAUAUUAAUUAUUCUUGGACUCGUUUACCUAAGACUGAGAAAAGCUACCCCGGUAAAGAAUACGGAAAACGUGCAAGCAGCCGAAAGAAAGGAGGACCAAAACGCAGCUGUGAUGUCAUAUGCCACGCUUAACGAUGGGACACCCAACGCUAUGUACGAAAAUGUUCCAGAAGACGGCCUUUACGACAGUCCGUACAGCAUAAGCGGCAGUACUUACGGGUACGGCAACAACGUGAGAAGACAUUACGGUAGAUCGGGACACUACGAGGCGGAACCAGUUGCGAAUAGAAACGGCAUCACCAUUAACGGGGUGUCUGUACGAUAGUUUGAAAUCGAGUCUCCUAAAAUCAGGUAUUAUUUAUGUACAGGAUAGGACAGUAAGAAGAUACCGAUCAAUGGCGUAACCAGUACAAAAGACAAAAUUACGAUAAAACUUGUAACCAGAAUAACCAGAAAUUAACUGAUAUUACGUUUAUUUUUGAACGCUAGAAAGUCAAGGACAACCGAACCGAGGACUCUUAGUUACGCCACUGAUACCGAUACAUGAAACAUUGUUGUCUUUAUUUAUGUUAUUAUGUUCGGCGCAUCGCCGAUUUAUGUAAAUAAGUAAAGAGGAGAAACGCGACAAUUAAAUGUCCGCGAAGAAUUCGCGUCUGUGUUUUAUACGAUUUUUCAACGACAAACGCGUGUUACAUUGAGGAUGGUUAACGACUCUAAUAUUAUGUACUCCGUUUUGUACGCAUACGAAAUUAUUCGACGAUUCGAUCGAUGUACCAUUAUGUAUAUAGAGUGUUUCCAUAAUUUAGAAGUACUAUUUGUAAAUGUCAAGUGACGCACUUGUACUAUAAAUUCGUACGUUCGUUGGUUGGCAAAUAAAGAAACCAAUGGUCUUGUUUUAUUUUAUAUUAUGCUGCAUUCUUCGUAUGAAAUCCGCUUCCUUUAUCUAAUCGAUGAAUAAUUAUGAUCUCACACCUAUCCUGACGUUGAAGAACUCACGUGAAAAUAUUAGUAGGGUUUAACGAAUAAAAUAACGUCUACGAGAACCAUACAUCCUUCGGCUUUUGAAAGUUAAUAAAAACUGAUAUCUCGCUACAAUUGUAUCUACGGAGUAUAUCUACCUUGAAUGCGAUUACGACACAAGCAACAACUAUAUCGGGCACGCUCACAACCUUAUAAGGAGAUAAUUUCGCUGUCAGUAACUUACUCCAACUACGGUACCUACAGUGACGUGUCAUUUCGAGGGUAAACCGGGUCUGUGUCAUAUAAAUCAACGAAAUUUGUACAAGUAUCGUUAAAUAAGACCUUAACUAUUGCGAAACAUUUAAAUAUAAUUUAUACGUCUGUAGGUAGACGUGCACUUGGAUAAAAUUAAAUAAAAUUUGAAUGCAAUUGUCAUUAGCAACAAAAACUACACGACUAAACCAAAUGUUAAACGUAUGCAGAAUAUGCAACCUUGUACAAAACGAAAUAUCAAAACUAUUCUGUUCAUUUACAAAAUAUAAUUUGUACACGUUUAGCGUAUCUUUUCGCCACAAAUCGAGGUGUUGUUCUUCGUAGCAGUGCGCCCUAAUUUUUUGGGCAUGACUAGAAAAGGCUCGUGCAAUGGAUAGUCCAGAAGUUCUCAAUCUUUCCAUAUACCGGUAUCUUUCGAACAAUUCAGUUUGUAUUGUCAAUCACUGUCCAAAAUGAUACCAGAAUAAGAUGAACACGAGAAUUUACGCCACGUAACAG